CAUCAGAGUUUUCUUUUGAUAAUCCAUUUAUGUUUCCUGAAGAAAAAAUAGAUGGAAUAGCUAGUAUUAAAGUUAUUAUUGAUGUAUAUAAAAAAUCAUUAGGAAAUAUUUUUGAAAUAUCACAAAAAAAUAUUGAUCUUAUUCAACAAAGUUUAUCAGAUAUGAUGCUUAUUUAUCAAACAGAAGAAGAAAAGAAAAAAUUUUUAGAUAUUGUAACAGAUGUUUUGAUCAAUGCCGACUUGCAAAUAGAAGAUAUUAAUGAGAUUAAGAUAAAGAAUAU